GGAGGCGGAGGAAAACCGAAAGUUGCGGCCGCACGAGCCGCCUCCCCGAGCUCUUUCUCGUGCAUCCCGAGCUGCCGUCGCCCCCGAAGGGCGGAUCCGCGGAACCGCGGCCUGGGAAGGGACCGAGCUCCCGAAGAAAGAAGUCCCGGUCACCCCAGCCUGGGGCCGAGCGGCGGCGCUUUUCUGCCCGCGCCGCUCGGGGCACGGCCACCCCCGCGCACUCCCUGCGGCUUCGGGACGGGAACGGGGGGCGCGGCCGGCCGAGCGAGUCCGGCGCGGCACCAUGGGCCGCCGGUGCGCCCUCGCCCUCGCCCUCGCCGUGCUGUCAGCCCUGCUGUGCCAGGUCUGCAGCUCCGGGGUGUUCGAGCUGAAGCUGCAGGAGUUCGUCAACAAGAAGGGGCUGCUGGGAAACCGCAACUGCUGCCGCGGGGGCGCGGGGCCGCCGCCGUGCGCCUGCAGGACCUUCUUCCGCGUGUGCCUCAAGCACUACCAGGCCAGCGUGUCCCCCGAGCCGCCCUGCACCUACGGCAGCGCGGUCACGCCGGUGCUGGGCGUCGACUCCUUCAGCCUGCCCGACGGCGCCGGCGCCGACCCCGCCUUCAGCAACCCCAUCCGCUUCCCCUUCGGCUUCACCUGGCCGGGCACCUUUUCCCUGAUCAUUGAAGCUCUCCACACAGAUUCUCCUGAUGACCUCACAACAGAAAACCCAGAAAGACUCAUCAGCCGUCUGGCCACACAGAGGCACCUGACGGUGGGCGAGGAGUGGUCUCAGGACCUGCACAGCAGCGGUCGAACAGACCUCAAGUACUCCUACCGCUUCGUGUGUGAUGAACAUUACUACGGGGAGGGCUGCUCUGUCUUCUGUCGACCCCGCGAUGAUGCUUUUGGCCACUUCACCUGUGGGGAGAGAGGGGAAAAAGUCUGCAACCCUGGCUGGAAAGGCCAGUAUUGCACCGAACCGAUCUGCUUGCCAGGAUGUGAUGAGCAGCAUGGGUUUUGUGACAAGCCAGGGGAGUGCAAGUGCAGAGUGGGCUGGCAGGGCCGCUACUGUGACCAGUGCAUUCGGUACCCAGGCUGUCUCCACGGCACCUGCCAGCAGCCAUGGCAGUGUAACUGCCAGGAGGGCUGGGGCGGCCUCUUCUGCAACCAGGACCUGAACUACUGCACACACCACAAGCCCUGCAGGAAUGGGGCCACGUGCACCAACACGGGCCAGGGGAGCUACACCUGCUCUUGUCGGCCGGGUUACUCGGGGGCCGACUGUGAGGCGGAGAUCGAUGAGUGCAGCACCAGCCCCUGCAGGAACGGAGGCAGCUGCACGGAUCUUGAGAACAGCUACACUUGCACCUGCCCGCCGGGCUUCUACGGUCGAAUCUGCGAGCUAAGCGCCAUGGCGUGUGCCGACGGCCCCUGCUUCAAUGGGGGCCGGUGCUCGGAUAACCCCGAGGGAGGCUACACCUGUCGCUGCCCUGGGGGCUUCUCUGGCUUUAACUGUGAGAAGAAGGUGGAUUCCUGCAGCUCUUCACCCUGCUCUAAUGGUGCGCAGUGCGUGGGCCUCGGGGACUCCUACCUGUGCCGCUGCCAGCCUGGCUUCUCCGGGAGGCACUGCGAGGACAACGUGGACGAUUGUGCCUCCUCCCCGUGUGCCAAUGGGGGCAGCUGCCACGAUGGCCCGAAUGAGUACUCGUGCGUCUGUCCCCCCGGUUACACAGGCAGGAACUGCAGUGUCCCUGUCAGUAGGUGUGAGCAUGCGCCCUGCCACAACGGGGCCACCUGCCACGAGAGGGACCGGCGCUACCUGUGUGAGUGUGCCCGGGGCUACGGGGGCCCCAACUGCCAGUUCCUGCUGCCUGAGCCUGUGCCAGGCCCUGUGGUGGUAGAUCUCACCGAGAAGUACGUGGAGGGCCAGGCCGGGCCCUUCCCCUGGGCGGCCGUGGGCGCCGGCGUGGUGCUGGUGCUGGUGCUGCUGCUGGGCUGUGCCGCCGUGGUGGUCUGCGUGCGGCUGCGGCUGCACAAGGCCCGGCCCGCUGCGGAGACAGAGACCAUGAACAACCUGGCCAGCCGCCAGCGGGAGAAGGACGUUGCCGUCAGUGUCAUCGGGGCCACGCAGAUCAAGAACACCAACAAGAAGGUCGACUUCCACGGGGACCACGGGGCUGAGAAGAAUGGUCUCAAGGCCCGCUACGCCGCUGUGGGUUAUAACCUGGUGCGGGACCUCAAGGCAGACGUCGCCACUGCCGCCAGGGACCCUCACAGCAAGCGGGACACCAAGUGCCAGCCUCAGGGCCCUGCAGCGGAGGAGAAGAGCGUCCCGACGCUCAGGGGCGGAGACGCGUCUGAAAGAAAGAGGCCAGACUCCAUGUAUCCCGCUGCAAAAGACACAAAGUACCAGUCGGUGUACGUCAUCUCGGAGGAGAAAGAUGAGUGUGUCAUAGCGACUGAGGUGUAAAAUGGAAGUGAUAUGGCAAAAUUCCCGUUUCUCUUAAAAUAAAUAAAAUUCCAAGGAUAUAUGCCCCAGUGGAUGCUGCUUGAAAGAGGAAAGGGAGACCCACGGACUGCUGCUGGGAGCCGAUCCGGACGGAGCCGGUUCUCUCCCGGAGGUCGGCCGCACGCCGCCCGGGCUGCCCUCCGCAGCGUCCGAGGGGGCCUGUUGCACUGCCUUUUCGGGUGUUUCCAUUGCACUAGGGACGGUUGCUUUUAAGAGGUAUAUAUUUAAGUGGACGGACUGACUUGCUGCAUAGGAAGCGUGAGCUGCCCGAGGUGUGUGUCUUGGAUACUUACGAGCCAGUCUGUUCUUGAGUUAGAAUCGCGAACGCUGCCUUCAUCGUCCUUUUUGAUACUAAAAGGUGUUUUUUCUAGGUGGAAAAAAUGUGUGUUAUUUUUUGGACUUGUAAAAAUAUUUUUCAUGAUAUCUGUAAAGCUUGAGUAUUUUGUGAUGUUCAUUUUUUAUAAUUUAAAUUUUUGGUAAAUAUGUACAAAGGCACUUCGGUUCUAUAUAUUUUUUGUAUAUAAAUGUAUUUAUGGGAUAUUGUGCAGAUGCUAUUGGAGGUUUUUACUGUUUUGUUAAUGAAGAAAAUCCUUUUUAAGAUAUUUUUCCAAAAUAAAUAUUAUGAAUGAC